GCUGAUUUCAGUGUAUGUUAACGAAACAGUUCGUAACUUUGCCAAGGUUGGAAAUGAACGCCGCCGUGUUUAUUCUUGCCGGUCGUUCUUAUUCAGUUCACGUUAGCUAACGCUAGCUAACCGCCAAGUAAAGUAGCUUCCACAGAUUAGCUUCAGCCUCGCUAGCUACAGCUUCUACUCCCGGACAGUUUAUCAAUCUGCUGGAUACAGGGACGCUGGAUUCAAUGGUGUUGGCUUGAUGGGAUCCAAGCAGUCAGCAAAGUGAUGGUCUAAGGAGUCGGAGUCAUAGAGGUGCUUGCGCGUGUAAUGUUGCGCUGGUCGGUGCACCUGGAAGGAGGUCCGCGGAGAGUCAACCAUGCUGCUGUGGCAGUGGGCCACAAGGUGUACUCCUUUGGAGGUUACUGCUCCGGGGAGGACUAUGAGACACUCCGUCAGAUUGAUGUGCAUGUCUUUAACACAGUGUCUUUGCGCUGGAUGAAGUUGCCUCCAGUGACAACUGGGGGACAUGAACGUGCCCGUGAAGUCCCAUAUAUGCGUUAUGGCCACACAGCUGUGCUGCUGGAUGAUAUUAUCUACCUCUGGGGUGGGCGUAACGACACAGAAGGGGCCUGCAAUGUGCUUUAUGCCUUUGAUAUCAACACUCACAGAUGGUUCACACCCAAGAUUUCGGGGACUGUUCCGGGCGCAAGGGAUGGCCACUCAGCCUGUGUUCUGUUGAAGUCGAUGUAUAUAUUUGGAGGAUAUGAGCAGCUGGCGGACUGCUUCUCCAAUGAUAUACACAAGCUGGAUACCACCACCAUGGUUUGGUCAUUAAUUAAUGCCAGAGGCACUCCGGCACGCUGGAGAGACUUCCACUCUGCCACCAUCAUCGGGACAAAGAUGUUUGUGUUUGGAGGACGAGCAGACCGCUUGGGUCCCUUCCAUUCCAACAACGAGGUCUACUGCAACAAGAUCAGAGUGUUUGACACAGAGACCAACUGCUGGCUGAGCACCCCGUCAACACAGCCAUUGCCAGAUGGACGCAGGAGUCAUUCAGCCUUUUCCUACAAUGGAGAGCUGUAUAUAUUUGGAGGAUAUAAUGCCCAUCUGAACGUGCACUUCAACGACCUAUGGAAAUUCAAUCCAGAAACCUUUUCCUGGGAGAAGAUAGAACCGAAGGGGAAAGGUCCAUGUCCACGGAGACGGCAGUGCUGUUGUAUGGUUGGAGAUCGAAUCAUCCUCUUUGGAGGAACCAGCCCCUGUCCAGAGCAAGGAAUGGGUGAUGAAUUUAACCUCAUGGAUCAUUCAGACCUGUAUAUCUUAGACUUCAGCCCUAAUUUGAAGACGUUAUGCAAAAUAGCUGUUAUUCAGUACAGACUGGAGCAGUCAGGACUCCCACAUGAUAUCAGGUGGGAACUGGCAGCCAUGACCACCAACAGCAACAUCAGCAGGCCCAUCUUAUCCUCCCAUGGCUGAUGACACAGAAUGAAGCAGAACCAGAACUGCUUGCUCUGUUUCAGGACAACAGGCUUUUACUUUUUAAUCAACUGAGCUCCAGCGGACUGUUUUUGUAGAAUUGGGGUCUGGAUCGAAUUCGUUUUCCACAUUCUUCAAAUGAAUACUCUUUACUGACCAAAAGAUCCUGUGUGUGACUUCCUUGGACUUCAUGAGCUUUCUCUUGUUGAAGGAUAUUUUAAACCUUGAGACAUUGGUUGAGCAAGACAAAAAUUGUGGAUACCUGUUCACCUUCUGUCUAGCCACUCUUUAAAUCAGCCUUUGAUAAUCAUACACUCCUCAUCUUAAGCACAGGAAGAGACAAGGACUUCAGCCAAAGGUCUUGAGAGCAAACGUCUGUCGAGAAUGUCAUCCCGGGGCUGUAUUUACAAACGUUCUGAAAAUACUUUUAGAGAGCUCUUGACUAUGUUGAAAAAUUUCUAGCAAGGAAUGACAGCUUAGGGGUGAUUAAGGAAAACUCUCAGAGCAAACUUUAAACAAGUCAGGAGGUGUGGUUGAUCUUGUUGCAAGGUGUGACACAUUGUUCUACUGGCUGAUUAACAAAAAGAAAAUGCACUCCUAGUGAUAAUGGGCAUUGUAUGGACAGUGAAAUCAAUAGGCCUAAUUCUAACAUUCAGUCUCUGUCAAGGCAUGGUGUAAUUAUGAUUACUAUUUUAUGUAAUGAACAUCUCUCUAAUAAAUAAGCUAAGCUUUGAAAGAAGCCUACAUAUGUUUGGCCAGCUCAUGCAGUAGUCUGUUCACAGGCUGAUAGCUAUGUUUAUCUGCUUACCUUUAUUUACAAUUCUGGUAAUUUUAGUAUUUAAUCUAUUUGAUAUUAACAAGUAUAAAACCAUUUUACUUCACUCCCAGGGUUACAGCACUAACCAAGAGGCAGGUGUGGGAGAAUAUAGUGCAGCAGAUACACCUGAUUGCCUUUUCCAUUUUUUAGUAUGAUUUUAGCUGAAAGUGAGAGGGAAGAGGGGGGACUGUGAAAGUGCUGUAAUUGUUCUGUGAUCACUCUGCUGAUGGGAGGUUGCAACAGACCAAUUUUCUUAGAAUUUCACCACUAGGAGCAAGUCAUAGUAGGAACCUUGAUGAAUAUGGCCCCUGAUGUCACACUCAGCAGAUCUCCUCUAAGAGACACAUGUGAACCUUCUGUUACAGAUGAAAAGAGCCUGAAGUGGUCAUGAGUUUGUAUAUCUUGCAGCACUAACUUGGCCAUAAAACUGUAAAUCUACCAUGUCUGUGUGUUGCAAAUUAAGUUAUGUGCACAGUAUACGGAGUGGAAGAGCCUAACUUAUUAAUUUGGUGUUAAAGGCAAGUGGAUGCACUAUAUGGUACAAGAGUUUAAUGGUUGUUAUGCUUGUGAACGUUCUGUUUGACUGGCUUUCAAUGCGAACCUUUUUCCAUACUUCAUCAGGACUUGGCUACUGACCCACUGCACUUAAGCGUCUGAAACCUGAUUUGCAAGGCUUCUGAACAGGCCAUGUGCCCGCCUUGUAAAGUAAUCAAGUCCAUCUACCUCCCUCAGUAACUUGUUUUGUUGAGUGUUCAAUAAGACUUCCCACUCAUUAAGCAUAUACUUUCCCUCCAGAAAACAAGUUUGGGUUUAUGGUUGUGUGUUUUAUUCUUUUAAGAAAUGUCACUGCAAGGGUGUGACGCAUCAGCCAUCCCACCCCACUCUUACCCUGCAGUUUGUUUUUCAGUGCCAAAUGUGGAAGGCAAUCAUGAUGCAAAUAUAUACUGUGUAUGUGUGUAAGCACGUGGUCCUGUUGACACGUAAUCCUAGCCCACCUGCUUCAGUUUGCCUGCUGUUGUGGGGGAGAUCAUCCAUAAUGUGCAUAAUGUUCCACUUAAUGACAAUCCUACAACAUUCAGAGACUCUUCCUCAUGACCUGCUCAUUCACAGUGCAUUGACAGACCAGGAAAGUGUGGACAUGUGUUUGUGUGUGUGUUUGCACCUGGGAACAAAGCUACACCUGAGCACUGGUUAUAACUGCAUAAGGGCUGUUCUUAGAUUACACACACCACCACACAGCUUGAAGAUUACCUGGAAUAGCUUAGAUUGGGGAUGUUUAUUCAGGAUGUUUACUAAUUAUAAAUAUUAGAACAAACGUUUGAAAACACAAGAGUUUUUUUUAAACAUUUUAUCUCCAUCCACUUAAGUUAAAGAAUAAGGUUGGUGAUAUUUUGGGUUUUUUUGUAGUCUAAAAAUCCAAUGAAAACACCAAACCCCACAGAGUGUUAUUUCAUCUCUCGGCUCUCCUCUGCUCAGUCUGCAACUCAGCCUGUUUGUUCCUACUGAACAGCACCAAAAUAAGGUUCAUUAUUUCCUGACACAGCUGGGAUCUGUCACUUUCAACAGUUGCUACUCUAACAGGAGCAAAUAAAGGUUUUGGAGACUUUUUAAGUUGCGGGAUUUGUUGCAUUUCCGAAUUGUUUCAGCAGAAGGAUUGUGUGUUUAUAGUUGUUUCUAAAUAAACUGACGUGGCCAUGUUUAUUCUUAUGAAGGAGUAAGAAACAUCACACUUGGGAUGCACAGACCGUACAGUUGUUGGAUUUGGCCUUUUUAUAGGAUUUGACAAUAAAUAAAAUACAGAAUAUCACUAUGCUUGUUCUUUAAAUUUUUAAAGUAAGAAUAAGAAAUAUGCCAUGACAUUAAACCUGAUGUCUUGUUGAGGAUGAAUAUAUAGGCAGAAGAGUUUUAUUCAUACUGCCUAUUUAUUUUGAUGUGACUAGGAACUGUGUUGCCACUCACUUGUGAGCUGCAUCAGUGCUUUUCGGUCCUGGUCUUUGGGACCAACUGUUGUUUUCUGUCCUGCCAAAUAGUUAAUGAGAAGUUAUACCUGUCCCUGAUUCACUGGUUAGAAUGAAUCCCUGCAGGGCUCUGGGUCCCAAACAUCAGGAUUGGAUUAACACUGAACUACAUCAUAAAUGUUUACAAAUCUGUGUAUUUCAUGUGAAGCAGUGUAAAGCGAUCUUCAAAGCAGGUUGAAGUUACCAGAUAACUGCACUAAAGCCAAUGGUGUUAUGUCAGGCCUUACAGAGAGGAGACUACUUUUUGCCUAAGUAGAGCUCCAGAGUUUGAGAUGUUUGCCUGCCCGAAUGAAGUGUGGAUUUUAUUUACAGACCAGUGGUGCCAGUGUGACGCAGUUUUAUGCCCUCUGCACUGCAUACACAUGGACAUGUUACACAGUUGAUAAUCCUCAGUACCCCAGUUACUUGGUCUGUACAGCUAAUGCAGUGAAACCACAGGGAAGCUAAGUGUCUGUUCACACACAGAAGAAAAACCUACCGGUGAACAAAUGAAACUGUUAAUGUGACACCAAAUGCCUGUCUGCAAAGCUGAUGAUAUUCAUUUCUUUUUUUCUCUUUGUUUUUUUUCUUAAAGUGGUGUGGAAGUCAUUUUUAUUUUAGGAUUUUGGUCCUUUUCUUUCAGGUAUAAAGAUUAUGGGUGAUGAAAUUUUCAGGAAUAUGACAUAGUAAAUAUUGAGUAAAUGAUAGUGUAGAUACUGUGAUCAAAAAAUAAAAAUAAAAAAAGUGCACAACAACAAAUGUUCUCAGUGAUGGUCACUCACUUACCUCCAGCUAAUGGAAAGUGGUAGUGAUUUAGCCCCAACGAUGUAUAUUGGCUUUACGUUUUCAAUGGGAGUGAUGCAAAACUGCAGCCUCUGGCUCAUCUGCUUUUUCUGAUUGAAGUUUGUGAGGAGGUUUUGGCAAAAAGUUCAGUCUUCACAGCGUGACUUCUGCUUUACCAAAACAGCUUUGUCCAACCUAGAAAAGAACUUUCCAUCAAGAAAGUGCAUCAUUAGUUUGUAGCUCGCACUCAGGAUGAAAUUAUUCAGUGUGAGCAGUAAUUAUUUGCAGAAGUAUGAGACUGGGCUAAUCCCAUGCCGAGAAGUGUCCUCUGUCUUUAGGGCUCACAGUAGAUGGUUGAAUAGUUUAUAUACAACAAAAAUGCUUGGGAAAAGCAGAGAACAGAGUUCAUGCGGGCUCCCUUUGCUUACUGUAUUUGUUUUCUGUCGUACACAUUUUUCAGCGGCGACUCUUGUGUCUGCUGAAGUUGGUCAGGACUUCCUGUGCAAUAUGUUUUCUAACUGUAUGAAUAAUAAACAUGAGCAAAUUUGAGUUGUUAA